AGUCCGUCGUUGUAUUCAGUGAACACACACGUAUUUGUAAGUAUAAUCCAGUGAAAUUCGAUGACUUGUCAACUGUGGUUAUAGAUCCCUUUAAAAACGAUUAUUUGAUUUACUUGUACAAUAAUAUUAUCGGCUUGAAGUCUUAUCGAUUUCGGCCAAUAGUCGAUAUCUAAUCUAAUCUACCUGGGUUCGGUCAGGGGACCAUUACGUGCGAGUUUUGUUACGAAAAUGUUGGGUGCCGUAGCUAGAACUAGCCUUCUGGGAAGAAAUGUGAUGAAGAACUUCGUCAGGAAUGGAUCUCACGGUGGAAUACCUGGAGAGAAUCUCCCUUUUGACAUUCACAACCGCUACAAGCUGACACUGCUUUUCACAGUUUUCAUUGGUACAGGCCUUGGGGCACCUUUCCUCAUUACUCGUCACCAGCUUCUUAAGAAGUAAACUGGGCGGGCAGCUGUUUUAAUGCAUCUUAAGUUAAGCUAGAAUCGUAUAAUUUCUUAAUAAAUUAUUAUGUUUUAGAAGUU